GAUGCUGCUGGACACAACAGAGACUACCUCAGAGCUGGGCUGGACCACCUACCCAGACACUGGGUGGGAUGAGGUCAGUGUGCUGGACGACCAGGGAAAGCUCAUUCGCACCUUUGAGGUGUGUAACGUCAACCAGAACCCGCGUCUGCAGGACAACUGGCUGGCCACCCCCUUCCUGCUGCGCCGCUCGGCCCCGCGGGUCUUUGUGACGCUGCGUUUCUCGGUGCGUGACUGCGCCAGCCUGCGCACGCCGCUGCCCACCUGUCGGGAGACGCUCACGCUCUACUACAAACAGGCCGACUCCCAGGCGGAGCUGAUGAGGACCUGGGUGGCCGAGCCAUCGAGCAGGGAAAAGGAUACGAGGGAGGGCUGGGUGAAGAUCGACACGAUUGCAGCCGAUAAGAGUUUUUCCAAGGUGGAGCCCAGCUCCCCUCACCAGUAUCAGCCCAACAGAUACAGCCGCAUCAACAUUAAGACGCGCAGCUUUGCCCCGCUCACACGCAAAGGAUUCGUCUUGGCCAUCGUUGACAGCGGCGCCUGCGUGUCCCUCAUGGGCGUGUCUAUCUUCUACCGGCGCUGUCCAGCCACCAGCCUCUAUCUGGCAUCCUACCCAGCAACCCCUUGUGGUGCGGAGCCAACUGCCCUAGUGCCUGUGACAGGGACAUGUGUCCCUCACAGCAAAGCCCAGGGAGGCACCCCCCCUCGCAUGCACUGCAAUGCUGAAGGGGAGUGGUUGGUCCCCGUUGGAGGAUGCGUGUGUGACGAAGGAUAUGAGCCAAACAUCAAUGGAUCUGCCUGCUUGGGUGAGUUUGGGGAACCUCAUUUCUCUGUAACUGGUUGUUCUGUA